UUGCGUUUCUUCCUCAAUCAACAUUCAAGAUCCCAGGUCUCGAACCCUAAUCUUUUCCUUCUUCCGACAUCCUCGAUUUCGAGUCGCGAUGGCCCGGACGAAGCAGACAGCGAGGAAAUCCACCGGCGGGAAGGCGCCCCGGAAGCAGCUGGCGACCAAGGCGGCUCGCAAAUCCGCGCCUGCCACCGGCGGCGUGAAGAAGCCCCACCGCUUUCGCCCCGGUACGGUGGCGCUGCGGGAGAUCCGCAAGUACCAAAAGAGCACGGAGCUGCUGAUCCGCAAGCUCCCGUUCCAGCGGCUCGUCCGCGAGAUCGCCCAGGACUUCAAGACGGACCUUCGGUUCCAGAGCUCUGCCGUGGCGGCGCUCCAGGAGGCGGCGGAGGCAUACCUGGUGGGGCUGUUCGAGGAUACCAAUCUCUGCGCCAUCCACGCCAAGCGGGUGACCAUAAUGCCCAAGGACAUUCAACUCGCGCGCAGGAUCCGUGGGGAGAGGGCUUGAUUGCGUCGAUCGCUUGUCAGAUCUAAUUAGGGUUUAUGUCUUCUAACCCUUCUCUACUGGCGUCUACUAUUGUCUUUCGAUCUUUGAAUUUGUUAGGUGACUGUAAAGUAGCGUCGUUAUGAAAUCUUCCUUCUUGAAUGUUGGUUCA